AUUUUAUUUUCCCUUUUUCAGAAUUGUCUUCUAUGCAGCCAUUCUUAGGUUCAAAGUUUGACGUUAACGCUCUGAGUAAUAUCGAGGAUGUUAGAGCCGCGUUUGAACUUCUCUGCAGGGAGGAGGAUAAGGUUGGACACGAGCUGGACGAAGUCCUAGAUAAACAGACGGGGUUGGAUUCAAGAUUGAAAGCGGUGACAGCACUUACUCCUGAACUAGGAGAUGUCAAAUCCGAAGGCCGCAGAUUAUCAGGUUUAAUAUGUCACACAGCUCUGCUAGCUGAGAAGGUCAGCGCUAAGGUUCGCCAGCUUGACCUGGCGAAGAGUAGAGUUGCAGAGUGCCAACAGAGAGUUCAUGACCUUAUUGAUCUUAGGCGGUGUAGCGAAGGGGUAACUCUUGCGCUUCAAGAGGAGGAUUAUGAACAAGCCGCAGCGCAUAUUCAUAGGUUCCUGGGGAUGGAUGAGGGGGUUCUCCGCUUGACUUCAAGAGACCUAGAGAAAUCUGAAGGAGAAGAACAGAAGAAGAGUUCUAGUUUAGAUCUUAGUCUGGCAACUCUUCAUCAGGCAGAAAACAAGGUUCGUGGAAUAGUAAACAGACGGUUUGAUGAGGCCGUGAAUGCUGAGGAUCUGGCCUCUAUUGAGAGAUUUUUCAAAAUAUUCCCGCUCAUCAACCUGCACAGUGUAGGCCUCAACAAGUUCACCCUCUACCUCAGGGGGAAGCUCGCCGCCGCGAAUAAGGAUAAUUUGAAGCAGGCUCUGGAAACCGGACCCGGAGAUAAACGAUUCAACGUUAUUUUCGCGGACACCCUCACACUCCUAUUCGAGGGGAUCGCCAGGAUUGUGGAGAUCCACCAACCCUUGAUUGAAACCUAUUACGGACCAGGACGGAUGACUACAGUGCUGGGUUUGCUUCAGGAGGAGUGUGAUCGUCAAGCGGAGAAAAUAUUUCGCGAGUUUAAGAAAAGGCGUGGCAUUCAAGACAAGGUGAAUAAAGUGCGUGAGGUUCACCUUGGGAAGGUUAAGGAAGAGAAUAAACUUCAAGCCAGGGAUCUUGACACCAUUCUGGGUGAGAUGACCCUUCUUCAGGCACGCGUGGAAAUGUAUUUCCGGUUUGUACGGAAACGCUGUUUGGCGGAUAUCGAGGUUAGUGAGACUGGAGGAUCCGAGACGGUGGAGAAGAUGCUCACCACCAGCGAUCUAAACAGGAUUGCACAGGAUAGUUUAGGAGAUUAUAUUCUGCUGGAACAUUUCUUUAUGUCGGAGAAUAUUGCUAAGCUUUAUUUACAAAUCAGGGCAAUCGCCCUUUUAAAAAAUUUUAUCGUCAAUAUUUUAGAGCUUGUUUUUGUUCAAUUCAUACUUUUUUGUUUGUUUUGUUUUCAGGUGUUUCAAAACCAGAUGAAACUAGGUUUCCCAAGUACCUACCUGGACCAAGCAUAUACAGUGAUACAAUCCUCUCUCCAGGGUAAGCUAGGAGCUCCAUCUGACUCCGAGCGCCAGAAGCAGUUGUUCCUGGCGUACCUUAACAACACGGAGAGCGGGACGGAGUAUUUAACUCGUCUACAGAACUCCGUCCAGAUGGAUACAAGUGUUCUUUCUGCAUCCCUGAACCCCAAGCAGGCAGAGAAAAUACAGAACUGUCUCUCCGGUAUGAUCAGUGUAAAUGACAGGUUGAAGAUCGUCCUGGAUACUGGGAUGGCCGCGCUCCGAACUGCUGUCGUGAAACCACGUCUAAAACCCUGGAUUGAUAGUUUCACAACGAUCCCUCAUAAUAUCAACGAUGAGCAGUACUCGGAGUUUGAGGCGAACGAUCCCUUUGUUCAGGGUUUAAUCGUGAACCUUGACGGACUAUUGAACACCUUCAAGAUCGGAUUGACGACAGGGAACUACGAGAGGUUUGUGAUGCUAGUGGCAGGGGAGGUCACAUUACAACUAGAGAAGGCAGUCAUGAAAACCUCGUUUAGUAGACUUGGUGGAUUACAGUUUGAUAAAGAGGUUCGUAGUUUAUCCUCCUACCUUACCUCAGUAACUACCUGGACUAUCAGGGAUAAAUUCUCCCGUCUUGUUCAGAUUUCAUCAGUACUAAACGUGGAAACUCUACAGGAGGUUAGUGAGUUCUCCGGAUCUCAGUCUGUAUCCUCAUGGAAACUAGCUCCGGCAGAGGUAAACCUAUCUAUGAACAAACAGGUUCAGAUCUCAGAACAUCCAGGUUCAGAUCUCAGAACAUCUAGAUUGAGAUCUCUGAACAUCUAG